AUGGCUUCCAGAUCAGAGAAGGAUCUCUGCUGCCCGGUCUGUCAUGAGGUCUUUAAAGAUCCUGUUCUUCUGUCAUGUAGCCACAGCUUCUGUAAAGACUGUCUGAAGAGCUGGUGGAGAGAGAAACCAACACGUGAGUGUCCAGUUUGUAAGAGAAGAUCUUCAAAGGGAGAACCACCUGUUAGUCUGGUGAUAAAGAACCUGUGUGAGUCCUUCUUACAGGACAGAGAUCAGAGAGCUUCAGAGGAUCUCUGCAAGGAGGAUCUCUGCUGUCCGGUCUGUCAUGAGGUCUUUAGAGAUCCUGUUCUUCUGUCAUGUAGCCACAGUUUCUGUAAAGACUGUCUGAAGAGCUGGUGGAGAGAGAAACCAACACGUGAGUGUCCAGUUUGUAAGAGAAGAUCAUCAAGAACUGAUCCACCUUGUAACCUGGUGUUAAAGAACCUGUGUGAGUCCUUCUUACAGGACAGAGAUCAGAGAGCUUCAGAGGCUCUCUGCAGUCUGCACUCUGAGAAACUCAAACUCUUCUGUCUGGAUGAAGCUGCACCACAACACAAGAAGGAACUUGAGGAAACUCUGAAGCCCUUAAAGGAGAAGUUAAAGGUUUGUGAACAAGUUAAAGUGAAGUUUGAUCAAACAGCAGAACACAUUAAGGUCCAGGCCCAACACACAGAGAGGCAGAUUAAGGAGCAGUUUAAGAAGCUUCACCAGUUUCUAGAAGGGGAAGAGGAGGCCAGGAUGGCUGCUCUGAGGGAGGAAGAGGAGCAGAAGAGUCAGAUGAUGAAGGAGAAGAUGGAGGCUCUGAGCAGAGAGAUAGCAGCUCUUUCACACACAGUCAGAGCCACAGAGGAUGAGCUGAGAGCUGAAGACGUCUCAUUCCUGAACAACUACAAGGCUGCAGUGGAAAGAAUCCAGCGCUGCCCCCUGCUGGAUGAUCCACAGCUGCCCUCAGGAGCUCUGAUAGACCAGGCCAAACACCUGGGCAACCUGGCCUUCAACAUCUGGAACAACAUGAAGGAGAUGGUCUCCUACACUCCUGUCAUUCUGGAUCCAAACACUGCUGGUCCACAACUCAUCCUGUCUGAAGAUCUGAUCAGUGUGAGAUAUGAAGGAGAGAAACAGCUUCCUGAUAAUCCAGAGAGGAUUAACUCCUUGAUCUCUGUCCUGGGCUCUGAGGGCUUUAACUCAAGGACUCACAGCUGGGAUGUCGAGGUUGGAGACAAUAAAGCCUGGUUACUGGGUGUGUUAUCAGAGUCUGUUCAGAGGAAGGGAAAAAUAAGAUCUGGAUCAUGGACAAUAGGGUUCCAUAAUGAUAAAUAUUUUGCAUAUGCACCACCAGCUCCCCGCACUGACCUCCCAGUGAAGAAGAAGCUCCAGAGGAUCAGAGUGAAUCUGGACUGGAACAGAGGAAAUCUGUCGUUCUCUGAUCCUGAUACUAACACACACAUACACAUCUUCACACACACUUUCACUGACACACUGUUUCCAUACAUUAGAACUUGGGAUAAACAUCCACUGAAGAUUUUCUCCACUGAAGGUCUCUGUGACAGUGAACCAGAGCAGGUAGAUGUGAUGAUGAUGAUGAAUAUGAAUAUAUAAAUAUACUCUACAUGUAAAAUACUGAUAUUAAAUCAAGUUUUGAUGUAUUAACUUGUAAUUGUUGUACAUUGGAUCAAAUAGUUUGGUAUUUGUUGGGUAUGGGUU